AUGUUAGACAUCCAGCUUCGGCCGAUUAAAGACACGCUCUUCGAUUCUAUCACGCCACUCGUUCCCUCCAUUUGCUCGCCACUAGCCAUCACGUUUCUGGCCUUCUCCUCGGGUGUGAUCUCCUGUAUUUACGCUGCAUCCAACAAUACUUUGGCGAGCACCACAUUCUGGGCACUGAACAGGGCACUGGAUUGUCUCGACGGCGCUGUCGCCCGCAAACGCAACCAGUCUUCGGAUCUUGGCGGCUUUUUCGACCUCUUGGGCGACUUCAUCGUCUAUUCGGCCACCCCUAUAUCCUGCGCUUUAGCACUUAAUGGUGAGCCCAAUGCAAAGAGCAUCUGGCUCUCAGUGGCUGUUUUAGAAGCAUCAUUCCACGUCAACAACUUCGUCUUGUUCUACAUUGGCGCCAUUCUCGAGAAGCGCAAGGGCAGCGGGAAAGAUGGAAGCAGGGUUAAAGAGCUGACCAGCGUGGCAAUGCGACCAGCACUUAUCGAAGGGACGGAAAGCGCGGCUUUCUUCACAGCCAUGCUCAUCUUUCCUCGCUAUCUGCAGCAUCUCUCAUGGACUAUGGCCCUUUUAGUAUGCUUAGGCAUUGCUCAAAGGACAAAUUGGCUUGUGCAGGCGCUGAGCUAA